AUGCUGUUUGAGUAUCCAAUGCCGGACUUGUCAACCAUUGCAGACAAACUGCCUGACAUCAAAGUGUCCAUAGGAGUUGUUAAGGAGGAAACCCUCUUAUUUUUGGCCAGCUCGCUGCCGCCCCCAUUGAGCCAAUUGGCACCGGAUACUGGCCUUCCAAUUUUGUCACCCAGAAUGGCAACAGCCGACUUCGAUCAGAUUAUGCAGGCAUUCGUCUUGCCCUCGACGGUUGCUGUAUUCGACAUUUAUUUAGGCUUGAUGCCAGUCUUGUAUCCAGACUUCGACGGCAAUGACCCUCGACAGCGACCACUAAACCCAUUGACUGGAGCGGAACGCAAACUAGUUCGUCUCGGUCGUGCGUCUGGGGACAUGGACUUCUUGUGCAGUACAUUGGCAAAUGGGGAUGAUGAUGAUGAUGAUGAUGUUGAUAAUAGCACAUUUUCGCCGGAUUCGGAUGAGAUUGUCUCGGGCAUCGACGGCUAG